GAAGAGUAACUUACUACUAUCAUAAGUAAUAAUCAUAAUAAGUACACAAGAAGACGUAGAAAUACUUUGUUACGUGGUUGCAAUCACUCUCUAUACAGAGUACGGAGUACAUGUAUGUACAUACAUACAUCGAUGAUAUCGUCAUGAUCCGAUCCAAUCCACGCUCUCCGCAUCUCCGAAACCAGAAGAAACUUCUCCAGAACUUCUCCCCCGUCCGCAUUUCUUUCCGCCGCCACUUAAAUAAUAAUAUCUCGCACGAGAACAACGAGCUGGCUCAACAAUCAUCUUUCGGCAUUUUAAUUUAACCCUCCUCCGUCUCCCAGCCUGAAUCGCUGACCUCUUGAACUGAACUACCGGCCCCUUUCUAGAGCUCCCAUUUGCGCCGCCCUCUAUAGCUUCCGCUGCAAUGCCCUCGGACGAAAAACACGGGGGAAAUCUCCUUACAGGCCCAGAGAUACAAAAACACAACUCCAAGGACUCAUGUUGGGUCAUAGUUCACGGGAAAGCAUACGAUGUCACCGAAUUUCUACCUGAGCACCCUGGCGGUCAAAGCACUAUUCUGAAGUAUGCCGGGAAAGAUGCCACGGAGGAAUUCGAGCCCAUCCACCCCCCGGACACCCUCGACAAGUACCUCGACCCUUCAAAACACCUAGGUCCAGUGGCAAUGGACACUGUCAUGCGCGAGGACAAAGGUGUCGAUCCCGAGGAAGAAGAGCGCCAAUUACGAAUCAAGCAUAUGCCUUCGCUAGAACAAUGUUAUAACCUGCUGGACUUUGAAGCCGUCGCCCGUCGUGUUAUGAAGAAGACAGCCUGGGCUUAUUACUCCAGUGGCGCUGAUGAUGAAAUAACCCUCCGCGAAAACCACUCCGCCUUUCACAAAGUCUGGUUCCGUCCGCGCAUCCUCGUCGAUGUCGAAAAUGUGGACAUCUCCACCACAAUGCUAGGCUCUCCCGUCUCCGUCCCCUUCUACGUCUCGGCCACCGCCUUGGGCAAACUCGGCCAUCCAGAAGGUGAGGUCUGCCUCACCCGCGCUUCAAACACCCACAACGUCAUUCAAAUGAUCCCCACCCUGGCCUCCUGCUCCUUCGACGAGAUCGUCGACGCUCGCGGCCCCGACCAGGUCCAAUGGCUACAACUAUACGUCAACAAAGACCGCAACAUUACCAAACGUAUCGUCCAACACGCCCAGCAACGGGGCUGCAAAGCGCUCUUCGUCACCGUUGACGCGCCCCAGCUCGGCCGCCGGGAGAAGGACAUGCGCUCCAAGUUCUCCGACCGCGGGUCCGCGGUGCAGGCCGCAGAUGGGGAAUCGACAUCCUCCAUCGACCGCUCGCAGGGUGCUGCCCGCGCAAUCUCCUCCUUCAUCGACCCGUCGCUCAGCUGGAAGGAUAUCCCGUGGUUCCAGUCCAUCACAGACAUGCCCAUCGUGCUCAAGGGCGUGCAGCGGGUCGACGACGUGCUGCGCGCGGUGGAGAUGGGGAUCCCCGCCGUUGUGCUAUCGAAUCAUGGUGGGCGGCAGUUGGAUUUUGCGCCGUCGGCCAUCGAGCUGCUGGCAGAGGUUAUGCCGGAGCUGCGCAAGCGCGGGUGGCAGGAUCGCAUCGAGGUGUAUAUUGACGGCGGGGUGCGGCGGGCGACGGAUAUCCUUAAAGCGCUCUGUCUAGGCGCGAAGGGGGUCGGCAUUGGACGGCCGUUCCUGUAUGCUAUGGGUGCGUAUGGCGUGCCGGGCGUCGAGCGGGCUAUGCAGUUGCUGAAGGAUGAGAUGGUUAUGAAUAUGCGCUUGAUCGGGUGUUCGAGUAUUGAUCAGUUGUGUCCAGAUUUGGUGGAUACGAGGGGCCUGGCGGUGAGGACUGUGCCGAAUCCGGUGGAUUCGCUGGGGAUGGGGGUUUAUGAUCCGCUCUCGUUGCCGGUGGAUAGAUCGCCAGCACCGGCGGGGAAGUCGAAGCUGUGAUUUCUUUUUUCUUCCCUGGCUUCUAAAUAAAUUCGGUCUGGGAUAUCAUGAUGCUGGGGUUAGAUUUUUAGUUUUAUAUCUUCGCUGCAUAUACAUUUUUCAUUCGCGUGUUGUAUGUACUGUACAUAUCUGCACAUACUCUUUUUUCUUUU